AUGUGGAAGGCCAAGGACAUGGGCUAUGGCCGGGCCUGCCCCGCUCAGGCCCCCUGCCCGGCGGCCGUCUGUGUCCCCAGCCUUCCUCCGAUCGCCCGUGGGGCGGGCCGCUUCGUCCAGCAGCCUCGCUCUGCUACUCUGGCCAUGACUUCCAUGCGGGCGGCCCUUUUUAACCCCGAAGUGAGACAGGCCGACGGUCGCAAGGUCCUGCGGUCAAGCAUCCGGGAGUUCCUGUGCAGCGAAGCCAUGUUCCACCUGGGGGUCCCCACCACACGGGCCGGUGCCUGUGUCACGUCCGAGUCCACGGUGGUGCGCGACGUGUUCUAUGAUGGUAAUCCCAAAUAUGAACAAUGCACGGUUGUGUUGCGUAUAGCUUCCACUUUCAUAAGGUUUGGAUCGUUUGAGAUUUUUAAGUCCGCAGAUGAGCACACAGGGCGUGCAGGCCCCAGCGUGGGGAGGAACGACAUUCGCGUGCAGCUGCUUGACUAUGUCAUCAGCUCCUUUUACCCUGAGAUCCAGGCUGCUCACGCCAGUGACCGCGUGCAGAGAAACGCUGCCUUCUUCCGGGAGGUGACGCGGCGCACGGCGUGGAUGGUGGCUGAGUGGCAGUGCGUGGGCUUCUGCCACGGCGUGCUCAACACCGACAACAUGAGCAUCCUGGGGCUCACCAUCGACUACGGGCCCUUCGGCUUCCUGGACAGGUACGACCCUGACCACGUGUGCAAUGCCUCCGACAACACCGGCCGCUACGCAUACAGCAAGCAGCCGGAGGUGUGCAAGUGGAACCUGCAGAAGCUGGCCGAGGCCCUGCAGCCAGAGCUGCCCCUGGAGCUGGGCGAGGCCAUCCUGGCCGAGGAGUUUGAUGCCGAGUUCCAAAGGCACUACAUGCAGAAGAUGCGCAGGAAGCUGGGCCUUGUGCAGCUGGAGCUGGAGGAAGACAGGGCGCUGGUGUCCAAGCUCCUGGAGACCAUGCACCUGACCGGUGCUGACUUCACAAACACCUUCUUCUUGCUGAGCUCCUUCCCAGUGGAGCUGGAGUCGCCAGGCCUGGCAGAGUUCCUGGCCAGGCUGAUGGAGCAAUGUGCCUCCCUGGAGGAGCUGAGGCUGGCCUUCCGGCCCCAGAUGGAUCCCCGGCAGCUAUCCAUGAUGCUGAUGCUGGCACAGUCAAACCCGCAGCUGUUCGCACUCAUGGGCACCCGGGCAGGCAUUGCCAGGGAGCUGGAGCGUGUGGAGCAGCAGUCUCGGCUGGAGCAGCUAAGCAUGGCAGAGCUGCAGAGCCGGAACCAGGGCCACUGGGCCGACUGGCUGCAGGCGUACAGAGCCCGGCUGGACAAGGACCUGGAAGGCGCCAGGGAUGCUGCUGCCUGGCAGGCUGAGCGUGUGCGCGUGAUGCACGCCAACAACCCCAAGUACGUGCUGAGGAACUACAUCGCGCAGAAUGCCAUCGAGGCUGCCGAGCGCGGGGACUUCUCAGAGGUGCGGCGGGUGCUGAAGCUACUGGAGAACCCUUACCACUGCGAGGCGGGGGCUGCCACAGAUCCCGAGGCCACGGAGGCCGACGGGGCGGAUGGCAGGCAGCGCUCCUACAGCAGUAAGCCCCCGCUCUGGGCAGCCGAACUGUGUGUGACAUGAUCUUCGUAAUGGCCUCGGCACGCGCUCCACACCCCUGGAGCCUCCCGAGGCCCCCGUGUGCUGCUGAGUGGCCAAGACGGUGCUGGGCUGCCCUCUGCACUGGGGGAUCCUGCCUGGGCCCAUGCACACCUGUCUUUCCAUGAUGGCAGAGACAUCCAGUCAGGACCUGACCCGUCUCUGUCUGAGGCCAGCUCAGCAGUGCAGCCUGGUCCCUGGGGGCUGGACCCAGGCUCCUAAAUAAACCAGCAGCUCCCUC